UCUAGUGUGUUGCUAUUACCAGACUCUUCAAAGCAUCGAGUGUGUUCAAGAGCAAGAGGAAAAUGAAGUCUGCUGCAGUUUUUGUUGUGUUUGCCUGUCUACUUAUUGUUCAUGUACAAGGACAGGCCAGGACCAGCGUAAUGAGGUGUUUGUGUCAGGGAUCUGCGGCUAACGUAGUUCGUCUACAACUUAUUGACAAGAUUGAAGUUUAUCCUGUUAGUGCAUCUUGUGAAAAUGUGGAAAUCAUUGUCACUCUGAAGAAUGGUGCAGGAAGAAAAUGCUUGAAUCCAAAAUCUGAAUUUACUCAGAAAUACAUCAUGGCAGCUUUAGGAAAAAAGUGGGUACAUUUUAUUCAUUAUUGAUUAUAUCCUAAUAAUGUUAUAUUAUCUAAAAUUUGUAUUAAUGAAAACCAAUGAUAGGCAAAACUAAGUUUUAAUAUGUGUUUCACUUUCACAGGAGGUCAGAGUAAAGCGUGCACCGUGAACAGAAGUGGAAGAAGAGUGUACAGAGACAGCUUGCUUAAAAUAUGUAAAAUAUUGGUUUCAUUUCAAUAAUGUAAAAAGUGUAUAUAUAAUAAGUCUGAUGUGUAAUUUAUUAGGUUCGUCUGUAUAUGACACAAUGUACAUAGUUUUUGAAGAAACCUGCAAGAUUUUUUAAAAAUAUAUUCCUUUUG